AUGACCCAAAGCCUUUCGGAAGAAUCCGUGUUGUCAUCUACACCAAGUAGUUAUGAUUCAACCAGUGAACACCCUCUGCCAAUCAGAACACCAGCUAUUAAGGCAGCCUUGGCGGGUGCCCUUUUGCAUGCCCGAACUGGGAGUGCAUUGUCCCUAGAUUCAGUGGCAGCUAUGGAGGCUUCUGGAUUUAAUAAGAAUACGCUUGGUUUAGUUCUUGCGUGGGCUUGUACUGUUGUUUAUUGUAGUUCUAGAUGUCCACAACUUUACAAGAAUUAUAAGAGAAAGUCAGUUGAAGGAAUAUCGCCAUUAUUGUUUGCGUCUGCAUUAAUAGGAAACUUGACUUAUACUUUUUCAAUUUUAACAAGUUGUGAAGUUUUACUUGGUGAUUCUAAAGGGUUUUUGUUAAAGGAAUUACCGUAUAUUCUCGGAAGUUCUGGAACUAUUAUUUUUGAUAUGGCAUAUUUUUAUCAAAAGCAUAUUUAUAGAGAUACUGGAAGGAAUACUAUGGUGAUGAGUUUAGAGAAUUGGAGUCAAAUUGCAGUUCAUGAUGCUUAA